AUGGCGAACGCUUCAGCGAAGCGAGUAGCGCAGCAGAAUGCGGGAACUAUCAAAAAUUUGAGGCUCGGCAUGCUGGUGGUCGGUGCACUUUCCUUCGUGCUCCGCCUCCUCUUGAGAAGAGGGUCUCUAUCCCCGGCACGUCUCUCAUUCUGGAUAUACGUCGGCUCUAUGGCUCCCUCUGUUUUCCUAUUCUCCUAUCUGGAGCGAAUUGGCUCACCGAGGCGUGAUCCUACUACUGGGACGCUGCUUUCUGCUGGCGAAGACUUAGGUCGUCCUGGCAUUAUUGAAUGGUGUUUCGACGUUAUCUACGUUACCUGGGCAUGCCAAGUAGGCAGUGGUGCAUUCGGGCAAUGGAUCUGGUGGUUCUAUCUCAUCAUACCGAUCUAUGCAGUGUUCAAGUUAUGGACUUCUGUUAUCUCGCCUCUGAUACUUGGACGCUCAGGGGAACCAUCUUCAACAGACGUCGAUGAUGCAGCCGCACAGGAGGCUUCCAGCAAAAGACAAGAAAAGCUUCGUAAAAGAAGUGAACGUGGAGACCCACGAGUGCGCGUGGCGAAGAGAUAG